GUGACAGCGAGGAGGAUGGUUAUGACCGAGCUAAUUGGACUAGAAGUGCGGACACCCACCCUGCCUGGCUGAGGUACCACCUUGGGAUCUCUCGCUGGGAGCUGUAUGACAGGAAUGACCCUAGCGUUGCCGAGGUGACUCAACAGAUGGCCACACAACGCAUUCUCAGCGCAGUGCAGAAGAGUGGGGGUACCCAGCUCAAGCUGAUCAUGUCAUUCCCCAACUACGGACAGGCCCUCCUCAAACCCAUGAGGCAGGAGAGAGAUGCAGAGACAGACUUCAACCUGUUCUACUUCUCUGAUUUUGAAAGACACAAUGCAGAGAUUGCUGCCUUCCACCUAGACAGGGUGCUAGGUUUCUGUAGAAUCCCUCCAGUGGUAGGUAGACUCAUCAACAUAACCACAGAGAUCAGAGCUAUCACCACAGACCACAAACUAUCCAGAACCUUCUUCACCUCUCCUGUGGGUAAUUUGUGUUUCCACGGCCAGUGUGAAUACUACUGCUCCACAGAGAACCCAGUGUGUGGUCGACCCCAGGUCUUGGAGGUGUCCCUGGCCUCCAUGCUGCCUGACCUCUCCCUGGCCCCCAGACGCUCCUGGAGGUCCCCUUGGAGGCGCUCCUACAGCCGCACCAAACUGGCACCAUGGGAGAAGAACCCAGAUUACUGUGACACGGUGAAACAGACCCCUCCAUACAACCAAGGCACCAGACUAGUGGAUCUAAUUGACAUGGUCAUUCUGGACUUCCUCAUGAGUAAUAUGGACAGACAUCACUACGAGACUUUUGAGAAGUUCGGGAAUGACACUUUCCUGCUGCACCUAGACAACGGGAGGGCGUUUGGGCGUCAUUCUGUGGAUGAACCCUCCAUAUUGGUGCCCUUACGACAGUGUUGCAGGAUCCGUCGCUCCACUCUCAUGCGUCUGCGUCUCCUGUCCCUCCCGGGCUUCCGUCUGAGUGAUGUCAUGAGGGAGUCUCUGUCCCAGGAUCCCCUGGAGAGUGUGGCUCCCCUCCUCUCUGUACAACACCUCUCCGUGCUGGACCGUCGUCUGAAAACCAUCCUGCAGGCUGUACACACCUGUCUGGAGCACCAUGAUGAUGUUAUCCAUGAUGACUUACAGGGAUAUGAUGUUAACUUAUACCGGCACUAGACAAUAAUUAAGACUGAACAUCCAUUUACAAAACCAUCACUGCAAUAUGUCUAUCAUUGGAUUCAGGUGUGGUUGAUGAUGAGAUUAUUGUAUUAUCAAUCAAUCAGUUAAUUAUGUGUAUACAUUCAUGGCACAUUUUAACUGUGUGUGUUGCCUAAUGAAAACAAAAAUUAUAAAGUGUUUUAGCAUUACAAG